CAAUGUACCUUGCUUUAUGAAAAUCAGAAAUCAAAUCUAAUUCCCCCGCUCCGCUCCCAAAACAUUUCCCAUCUUCCCCGCAUUCCGAAGCCCAGAAGAAAAUAAUCAGAAAAUGGAAGGCAAAAAAGAGUGCGCAGGAGCAUCACUGGACUCGAUAAUCUCCGGUUUCAACACUCGCAUUUCCGAGCUUCAACAACUCGUCAUCGCUCGCAACAUGUAUCCAACUAGCAGUCUCCCUGAUUUAUCGGCAAUUGAUAGUUUAGUCAAGGCAAUGGAGCUUCAGGUUCACCAAAUUAAAGAUCGCUUGCGCGAGGAGAAAGAAGCUAUUCCUAAAGCCAAGAAACUGAUUGAGGCAUCGCUACAGCAGCAAAGGAAACUCCAAAUGAUGUCUGCCUAUGUGCCCUCUAAUCCGCCUGAACGAAUUUCAACUAAUAAUCAUGAACCCAGGACAAUUGUGCAACCUGAAAACAAGCAGGAUAUCCCUUUCAUCUCACUUAACUACGAGGAGCCUCCAGCAUUACCUAAAGAGAAGAAGGGUCGUGGCCCACCACCACUAUGGUACAUUACUGCUGAUGAGCUUAAUUCAUUGUCUUCGUAUAUGAAAGGACGGCUAACUUUAGAAAAGGUCAAUGCAGCAAUCAGUGACAUGGCUACCUAUGCUGAAGCGAAUUCCCAACUUGUUACAGCACCCAGGAAGAAGUUGACAGAAGCUACUUUGGACAGAGCUAUGGAAUUGAGAGACAUUGCAGGAACAGAUGCUGUGAAGGGCAAGCACUUCUUUUUAGAAACUGACAUUAAAGGACCUUCCUUCAAGCUUGACAAUACUGGAAAAGCAAUACUAACAGUCCUUCGUCACCUUGGACGUAUAACUGAAAGCCGAAUUGGGCAUCAUCGUGUUAUCGUCCUUCUAAAGCCAUAGAAACACCAUAAAUUCUCAAUGUGAAAGCUGCAAGUAUAUUCCUACUGAUUAUGCGUCAUUUUAAUGAUGACGUACACAGUUCCCACACCUGCAAUGGGAGGAUCCUUCACUUAAGAGCUUGUUGUGUCUGAUUCACAUAUUAAGAUAAUCAGCAAAUGAACCGGAGAAGGAAUACGACAGUUUUCAGCAUUCAACCAGUAAUGUGUGUGGAAUUCCUGAAUGAUUGCGUGCUUAGAUCCAGUAGUCUAUUAGUUUUUCAUUUUAAAUCUUUACUAUAGAGAUGUACGAAAAACCUCUGAAGGAGAACCUUUUAUUUCAGAGUUUAGAUAACUGCUACUGGCUCUUUGAACAGUUUGCAUAUACCUGCUUGAUGAUUUGGAAUACUGAACAUUUGAAACGCUUGUAAGAUUAAGAUUCUGCCCAAAAUUUAUGGCUCGUGAAUGGUACUAUGACCACUAUCCAUUUACUCUUGACAA